CUUGACCGAGUGUGAUAAAGAGUCGUAAAAAUAGAAGUGUGUUUCAGUUGAUUAAUUCGACGUCCCUACACACACACACUGUUGUUACAGUGAACAAGAGAUCAUCAAGGCUGUUGCUGAGCUGGUUUAACAUGCUGUGAAACUUGAAACGUAACUAGUGAACCUAAAAGAUCAGCAAAAAUAUCAAUAAUAUUACGAGCAGCAGCAUCAACCCUGAAUUCUUAGUGAAGUGAACAAAACAGUCAGAAGUGAACCAGGUACCAAACGAGGUACAAACCACACAUGGAAUACGAAAAGCUGGUACCGGAACCUGGAGAAAGAACUUCAAUCUGUGGCAGACUAACGUUUGGCUUUUUGUCGAGUAUUAUCGAAACAGGAAACAAACGACCUCUAGAGGAGAACGAUAUUCCUUCCCUAGAUGUUGAAAGCACCAAGUAUUUGACUGAAAAACUGGAAUUAGAAUGGAAAAACGAAGUUGGAAUCGGCAGAGUCCGAAGUUCUAAACCUCGUUUGAGAAACGCAGUCCUAAAGGCCGUCGACAAAUAUUUACUGUCUCUGAUUGUGCUACUAGCAAUUUUAGAGACAUUAUGUAAGAUGAUUCAGCCUGUCCUACUAAGCUUUCUCCUGGCUGAGAUGUCCUAUAAUUCUCCCGUCGAUGUGGGGAUACUGCUUGUUUAUUCAACACCAAUCUGUGUAAGCUGUUUUAUUCAAACGUUGGUUUCCCAGCAAUGUGGUUAUGCCAUGUUUCUGAUGGCAGUUCACGUUAAAGCCUCCUUGAUUGGCAUAGUUUACAAGAAGAUUCUGAACGCGCGUCAUCAUAUUCUUGCUGAAAGAACUUCAGGGUAUUUGAUAAACUUGAUCUCUAAGGACAUGGUCCCGAUUUUUCAAGUUUUCGCUAACCUUAAAUCACUUUCUGCUCCUCUGGAGAUAAUUCUCGUUUUCUCUCUUUUGUGGUACUUUGUCGGCUGGCAAACAUUUGGAGGUGUGAUCUUUUCAAUAACUCUCAUCUUCUGUCAAGCGAAUUUGGGAAACGUUUUCAAAAGUCUUCAGGACAAGGCCGCCAGGAUGACGGACAAGAGACUGCGUCUGAUACAUGACGUCAUUUCCGGUAUACGUGUACUAAAAAUGAAUGCUUGGGAAUGGUGCUUUCAUGAUUUGGUUUCCGAAGUUAGGAG